AUGUCUUCGAGCAAUCCUCCCGUUCCUAAAUGGGUUGCUGACCUACAAUCCCCGCCACCGUCCAAGUCGAAAAACAACAGCAUUCCCGACCCGCCCGGCUACCCGUCGCAAUCAACCGCGUUAUCUAAGAAACAAGCCUCCAAAGAGCCGAAAGCCCAACCCCGAAAACAACCGACCCCUGAAGAGAUGGACACAUUGAAGCUAAAGAAGGCGUGGGAAGUGGCGCUCGCCCCCGUUAAGAACUUACCGAUGACCGCGAUCAUGAUGUACAUGUCGGGCAACUCGCUACAGAUAUUCAGCAUCAUGAUGGUCUUCAUGGCUUUCAAGAAUCCUAUCAUGGGCAUCAUCGCAACGAAUCAGGCAUUUGAGAGGUUUGAGAGUGAGAGCAACAAGGCUAAGAUAAUACAAGCGAAGCUAGCCUACAUUGCUAUGCAGAUGGUGGCUUUGGCUGUUGGAAUAUGGAAGAUUAAUGCAAUGGGGUUGUUACCAACCACGAGAUCAGACUGGCUGGCUUGGGAAGCUCAACGUGAACCGCUAGAACUUGCGGUUCCUGCAUUAUAA